AUGUCAAAGGAGGCCUCCAGCCAAAAGGUGAUAGUGCGCCAUAAAAUGGUAGGAAUGCCCGUAUUUGACGGUGAAUUUACAUGUAAAACAGACCUCGAGCUUUAUGCAGUAAAGCAGAGGAUCAUAGAGAGUCAUGGUGGGACGACGGGUCUUGGGCUUCGUAUGUGGCUUAAUCGUGUGGAGCCUGGACUCAUUGUGCGCAAUUUCAGACAAUCUAUAUAUGAAGCCUUUUUGUUAAAUCAAGAACCGCCGUUGCCGCCAACACCUUCGGGUGAUAUACCACCGCAUGAAGUGACUGUACAUUACGAUUAUGAUUCUCCUGAAAANUCUUGCCCGUUGCUAAACCGACACGUGGAGGCAAGUGUCCCAAAAGGACGAGUCGAAAAACAAACCAUGUAA